CGAAUAAUUUAUUCGGUUUCUACCCAGGCCUAAUAGCUAGCUGCUGCUGCUGCAGGGAGAGGACGCAUCCCGUCAUUGAUUUGAACACCUGCGUCACAAUGUUGGACUUACUGAUUUUCGCAGGGACAUUUCUUAUUGUUUUCCUUGUUGUCAUAAAAUGGUUCUAUCCGAGCACGAAGAAGGUCUCCACCAUACCUGGCCUCGGUCCAUCAAGUAUUGAAGAUGGCAAUCUCAGUGAUAUCGCUCGUACAGGCAGUCUGCAUGAAUUUCUGCUUGACCUACAUAGCCGGUUUGGAGACAUUGCUGGUUUCUGGUGGGGACAGACCUAUGUUGUCAGCAUUGCUUCACCUGAACUGUUCAAAGCCCAUGCCAAUGUAUUUGACAGACCUGCGGAGCUGUUUAAGUCCUUUGAAGGGCUAUUAGGAAGCAGUUCUUUGAUGUACGCCAAUGGCUCUGAAGGACGAAGGAGAAGAAAGACUUACGACAGGAUGUUUUCUCACGAAAGUCUCAAAAAGUAUUUAUCGGAAUUUCAAGAGGUAGCUGAAAUGGUCGCGAAGAAAUGGUCAAGCAAAACUGAGACUGACCACAUACCUGUUGGCGAGGACAUGGCAUCAUUUUCACUUCGCAUUACUUUGUUGACUCUGAUGGGAGACAGUUUCCAUGAUGAAAAACUAGUUCAGAGUAUCUUUACUGCCUAUAAGACGGUUUGGGGUGAGUUGGAACGCCGCCUAACAGAUCCCGACCUUCUUGGUGAGAAUAGCGCAAGACAAAAGUCAUUUACAGAAGCUCUCGGGUGCAUUAAUGCGGUGGUGAAGAAGGUCUUAGAACACCGACAGAACAAGGUCCAAGACCAGCAGCUCCUGGUUGAUGUCAUCCUGCAGUCCACAACAGAUGAGGAUGUGGCAACUUCUGAUGUCAUUACCUAUUUCGUUGCGGCCUUUCACACGACCGCUAACGUGUUGACAUGGGUCAUGUAUUUCCUGGCCACUCAUCCUGACAUUCAGAGCAAGCUGCACUCGGAGAUUGUCCAAGUCUUAGGCCAGAAAGACGUCAUCACUGAUUCCAACUAUGGCCAGCUAAGGUAUCUCCACCAGGUACUCCAGGAAACACUGCGGUGUGCUGUUGUAGCCCCAUGGGGCGCCCGGGUCCAGGACGUCGAUUCUGAGCUUGGUGGACACAAGGUUCCCAAGAAUACUCCAGUGAUUCACGCGUUUGGUGUUGUCAUGCAGGAUGAAAAGCUGUGGCCCUUUCCACAAAGAUUUGAUCCUGAUCGCUUCAGUGUCGAAAAUUGCAAGGGCCAUCCACCGUAUGCGUUUUCCCCCUUUGGAUUUGCUGGCAAGAGGAUUUGCCCUGGUUAUAAAUUCUCCUAUAAAGAGGCCACUGUUUUGAUAGCGAUCCUUAUCAGGAAGUUUGAGGUGAACAUGUGGGAUGACCAGGUGGUGAAGCCUUUCUUUGGUUUAGUCACUCAUCCACAGGAGGAAAUCUGGCUCAAGGUAUCCAAAAGAAAAUGAUCUGGUCUGAAGGGAAAGUUCUGCUCACAAAGUACAGCUGGUGAUUUUUUUUGUCACGUGAAGAGAAACAAAAUGUCUUUUUUUUUCUUUGAUUGAAAUGUUCAAACUGAAAGACGAAUCUUCUGUACCUUCUUACGAUAUAUUAAAUCAUUCAGACUUUGUUAACAACGGAUAAAAUAAUAAUAUAACCUAUUUCUAUUUAAAAUUAUGAAGUCCUGGACCAGAACAGAAGCCAGUUACAUUCUUUGUUUAUUUCCUUGGCCAUUUCGGAGACGGACAUUCAAUUAGGAGGUCCCGUCCGUUAAAUAGCCUUGCAGUAUUGAAAAAGAAGUAUGCUCCCCUUCCCCCCAAUAAUAAUACACGUGCAUUGUACAGCUAGGAUAGGCAUAUCAAAGUGGAAGUUAAGCCACAUAGGAUUUUCCAUUGACCAAUGACCAGUAUUCUCAACAUUAAAAGGCUUGUUGAGGUUGUUCUUCUAGUCCCGGCAUUUUUUCCUGCUUGCCAGUCCGAAGAGGAAGGGAAAACUAGUUCUAGGUCACGCCUGUUGAACUCUUGAACUCUAUCCAGCAUGUCAAAAUGAAAAACCAUUAUACGCACGAUCUUCAAAAAAGAAUAUUUUUUUUUAAUGGGCCAAUUUGGAGUCAAAAUACUAUACCCCUCAUAUUAUACGCGAAGUCAUCGUAUAGAAGACUUUAAUUUUGUACUUUUCUCUGUUCUUGCUACAAACAUGGCGCCUUCGCACAUUCAAAUACCAAUGUGUAUGCAUACAACGUUAAGUGGACACACAUAAUAUAUAAUGUAAUGUAUAUAUAUUAUGUAUGUCCAAUUAACGUUGUAUGCUUACACAUUGUGAUCUGAAUGUGUGAAGGCGCCAUGUUUCACUACGCUUGAAAUAAAAAAAUGCUUCCCAUACUUGACUUAAUUGUUCGUUUUUUGGGGUUGUUUUUUUUUAAUUUUGGAACCAAGCCAUGCACGGCUUAUCAUUCGGAUGGCUUAUCUUUGCUACCGGUCUUCAUUUUUUAAAGCAACACAAGACACCUCCUGAGGGGAAGUCUUUCAGAAGUGAUCAAAAACCCUUAUCAGUUGAUGUUUUGCACAUGGAAGUAUUCCGGAAGCGUGAAAUUUGGCCCACUAGUUAAAGGAAAGAAAAGUGAAAGAAAGCAGAAACUCACCAAAUGCCCUAAUUAGAUUGUUUGUUCAUUA